CGGGAGGCGGCGGAGCUGGACGCGUCCGCGGGCCUCGUCCUCGAGGCGACGUCCGCGGCGCUGGGCGACCUCGCUCGCACGCACGUCGGCAUCUUUCUCGGCGCCGGCGGCUUCAUCAUGAGCGCCGCAAUCAACACGAUGGGCUCGAGAGGAUCGAGGCCGCCGUCGGUCUACGCCGGGACCGCCGUCGCGCUCUCCGUCGCCUCGGGCCGCGCGUCCUACGCGCUCGGCCUGACGGGGCCGUGCCUGACGCUCGACACGGCGUGCUCGUCGUCUCUGGUUGCUUUGCAUGCGGCCUCGUCCGCGCUCCGGAACGACGAGUGCGCGAGGGCCGCCGCGACGGGCGUCUGCGUCGUCAUCGAGGAAACGACGCGCGCGUUCUCCGCCGCGGGCAUGCUCUCCGCGCGGGGCCGGUGCCACACCUUUGACUGGCGCGCCGACGGCUACUGCCGCGGCGAGGGCGUCGGCGCCUUUGUCCUCGAGGAUGACGCUGGCUCCGUCGCGAGCCGCGGGACCUCGGUGCAGCAGGACGGGGCCUCGGCGUCCCUCACGGCCCCGAACGGAUCCUCGCAGCGGCGUCUCAUCGCAUCCAUCGACGCUCCGCGGACUUGUCUCGAGGCCCACGGCACGGGCACGGCCCUCGGGGAU